GCUUGCGACAUGCACCCCUGCUUGAAUAUCGAUGAGAUUUUCCAGAAUAUCUUAGAACACAUCGAGGAAAGACUGACCUUUUACGCUUUAACCCUGGUGUGCCGCACGUUUCUGGAGCCAGCGAACAACAGGCUGUGGAUGGAUCUGCCCGGUCUGGGUCCCUUGGUAAAGUGCUUGCCAGACCACUUGAUAGGCCCAAGCGAACUUGUUGACUUCAUCUUGACUAUCAUCAAACCCCCGCUGCCAGCGGAAUGGCAUAGAUUCCAGCACCACGCUCACCGUGUCAAGUCUCUUUAUGUCGAUUGCGAGGAAUAUAGCGGUUUUGCAGUAGAUGGGGUCGCACUGGAGAUGUUGGCACAGCACCAUCCUGGUCCCGUCCUGCCGAACGUUGCACGUGUUGCCUGGCACAGCUGGGCCUUCGCGGAGUAUGCCCCGCUUUUCAUCCAAAAUACGCUGAUAACCCUCGAGUUUAUUCCGACGAUGCCCAUAGACAACCUCUGUCUUGUUCUCAAACAUGUGGAGAUGAACGCACCCCAUCUCAAGGUGCUGGAACUUUACGAAGAAGCACAUGAGGCGCUGGAGGACCUCGACGUUGAAUUCGCUCGCACGAUAAUUUCCCUAAAAUAUUUGACCAGACUUGACUUCGAUCACGUCCCACUUCUGUUUGGCGCUUUCAUACACCUAUCGCGACUGCCACACCUCGCUUCCCUGUCAAUGCUUCUCAUCGAGAACAGCUACGACGCAUGGUGCUCUUCUGCAUGGGGAGGCUUUCCUGCAUUGAAAACUCUUUCGCUCAUGUCCACCGAAACCGUGAACGGCAUUUCCUCCUCCACGUCGCUCCUACAGGCAAUGCCUGGAUCAAACCUUACCCGCCUUGACAUCUUCGAGAUGUCACCACCAACGCAUAUCG